AUGUCCAGUCCACCAUUCCAAAUUCCCAACUGGCAGCAAGCCGCUGCUGAGAAACGUCGUCGACGCGACGAGAGCAUCCCCCUUCCCCACCGAUUACCACUACACCCUGAACGGGGUGCUAGGAGACUGCUGCCCGCAGACCAAGAAGUCCUGAACUGUGGUAUCCUGACACCGUUAGAUAUUGAGAUAACGGAUAUUGGUCACGCAGCAGUCCUGCUAGAACGCAUUGCGAAGAAGCAGUAUACUGCAGUAGCGGUGACGGAGGCGUAUUGCAAGUGGGCGUCGAUUGCACAGCAGACUUACAUGGAACAAAGUGGGAAGACUGCUGGGGUCUUGCACGGACUACCGGUGUCUCUGAAGGAUCUAUACGAGGUUGAAGGUGUCCACGCUACCGCGGGACUUGUAUCCUGGAUCCGAAAUAUCUCCUCCGAGAACCCAUCAAUCACAAAAGGCAUCCUGGCCGCGGGCGGGAUCAUCUACGUCAAGACCAACGUGUCGCAGGGCCACCUGAUGGUCGAGUCCAUCAACAACAUCUUUGGCACGACUACGAAUCCACUCAAGCCAGCCCUAAAAACACUACAUUGUCAGUAUUCUUAG